AUGCUCGAGGGCCUAAGCGCUCGGGGAAUCGCGGCCUGCGAGAAACACUUCGGGGGAAAGAUCUUGUGCGAGCUGUCUGAGACCAAGGGUCGCAUUAUGGUGGCGCAGCAAGAUUUUCCGCAAGGCGAGAUCCUCUUCUCGGAGCCACCGCUGCACAUCGCACAGGAAGACGAGGACAACGAAGCCUUCUGCGCGCUCAGAGAUCUCUACAAUGGGGACCAGGACAGUUUUGACUACGAGCCUCUGUGGUACUGGGCGGCGCUGGUCUCCCUGACCGAGGAGCAGCUGAAGAAGGGCCCCAGAAUAGGCACCCUACCGUCGGUGACGGCCACGCAGCAGAGGCAGCUUCUCUGCCUGUACCACGAGCCCGUCACCGAGGCCUCGGACCCGGUGAAGCGCAUCCUGAAGAAGAUAGGCUUGAAGGUCUCGGCGGUGUUGGUGGAGGAAUUGCUGCAGGCGUGGAUCCUGAACUGCUUCGAGCAUUCCGAGGACCCGCAGGGCUACUCGGCGUACUUCGCGUCCUCGUUCGCGUCCCACUCGUGCAGGCCCAACGCCAUCUGGCGGGAGGGUGAGGACGCGCUGCACAUCCUGCGGGCAAGGGAGGAGAUCGCCAAGGGCGACGAGAUAACGAUCUCGUACCUCGAGGAGCACGUCCUGCUCCAGUCGGCGGAGUCGCGCAUCAAGAGCCUGCAGGACACGAAGCUGUUCGUCGGAUCUGCGGCUGCGAGCGCUGUGCUCCCGCGCCGGACGCACCCGCGGACGACCUCGGGACCGACCGGUGCCGGGGAUUCCACUGCAGGAGUUGUGGAGAGUGCGCCGUCUUCCACCGCCUGA